CAUCCAAGCAGUAAGGGACUGCUUUAUUCCCCCCAUGUGGCCCAAGACAGAGGGGUGCCAGAGUCCAUGAAGGAUCAGGCACGUGACAGUCAAAGCUGACUGCCUGCCUGCUGCUGGCCGGUGGCCUCCCACCUCUCUCCCCCAGCCCCAGCUGAGCCCUGCAGCCUGGCCCCAAGCCAGCAGCAGGCUCAGCAAGUCUCAGGGGCGUGGCACCGAAGCCCAGCCAGCCUACACCGGCUCUUGGCUGUCUUUGAGGCAGCCAAGACAGCCAGCAGAGGUAGCGUCAGGCCACCUGCACCUGCUGAGCACCACUGGGGGAGGGAGCAGCCAUGAGCCCCAUGCUAUACUACGCGCUGCCUGCCUUGGGUGGCUACAUCCUGCUCUCCAUCUUCUUCCUGCGCCGGCCUCGCCUGCUGCACCCAGCCUGCGCCCCAGCUUUCUGUGCCCGCCUGGCAGCCCACCGAGGAGGGUCUGGAGAACGCCUGGAGAGUACCUUAGAGGCCAUGGAGAACUCCUUGGCACAGCGAGCUGACCUCCUGGAGCUCGACUGCCAGCUGACACGGGACGGCGUGGUGGUGGUAUCCCACGACCAGAACCUGUCCCGCCAGUCGGGCCUGAACAGGGAUGUGGGCAGCCUGGACUUUGAGGACCUGCCCCUCUACAAAGAGGAGCUGGAGGUUUACUUCUCUCCAGGCCGCUUUGCUCACGGGGCGGACCGGUGCAUGGUGCGGCUGGAGGACGUGUUCCAGAGAUUUCCACAGACGCCCAUGAGCGUUGAGGUCAAAGCCGAGAACGAGGAGCUGGUUCACAAGAUAGCAGGCCUAGUGCAGCGCUUUGGGCGUAGUGACAUCACCAUCUGGGCCUCGGAGAAGAGCUCGGUCAUGAAGAUGUGCAAGGCUGCCAACCCGGAGAUGCCGCGGGCCUUCACCAUGGGUCGGGGGCUCAGGCUGCUGCUGCUCUAUUACCUGGGGCUGCUGCCCUUCGUCCCCAUUCCCGAGCGCUUCUUCAUGUGCUUCCUGCCCAGCAUCAUCAACAGAACCUACUUCCCAUUUUCCUGCUCUGGACUGAACCAGCUAGUGGCUGUGGUUUUAAAAUGGGCCAUCAUGAGGAAAAGCCUGAUCCGACACCUGAAGGAGCGGGGCGUGCAGGUAAGGCCUUGGGCCACCCCUUUGGCAGCCUGGACCCCAUGUGCCAGACACUGGGGCAGGGCCUCACACCUGCUGGGCCUCGGUUUGUCCAGCCACAAAAUGAGUAGAAUAGUAUCUUACACACGCCUGGUACUUCGAAAGGGUUUCAUGAUGAUGAUGAUGGUGAUGAUAGCGACCUACUGAAUCUGAUGGGGUAGGGUGGGGGGGAUGGCCAAAGAAGGGAGAGAGCAGGCCCUGCCCACCUCUUACAAGCAGCAGCUUUGAGCAGGUCUUUUCGGUGAGCCAGCUUAGUAUGUGGUGAGAAUGUCCCAGACCCUGUGGUCCCAGGGAUGGGAGCUUACCAGUAAGGGCAGAGGAAAAGAGCAAACUGUCCCCAGGAUGUUGGGACAGAAGGGAGGCUGGUCUACAAAGCGGGGUUGGGAGUGGUGAGAGGCCUGAAGGGAGGGAAGGGGCAGCAGGCCCCACACCAUGCACCACGGGGAGGAGCUGCCUGCCUGGCCUAGCACUGCUGCCUGGAGGAAGUGACCAUGGGUAGACAGGUGGAGGAACUGGGGCUGCAGCCCCAGGUACCCACAGCUUUUGAAGGUGUCAGCUGGGAGAAGCCUCAUCUGUUGAUCUGGGGACAGCAGUGGGGAGGACCCCAAGGUGGCCAGGAC